AUGCCUGAGGCCCAGGCCCUCUCCCGCACCUCCACUGCUCAAGGAGGGGUCACUGGCCCUCUGCCGCCCCGCAGUCCAGGGACCAGGCUCCUGUGCCUGUUUAGUUUCCCAGGUGGCAAGUGUGACCCGGCUGACCAGGAUGUGGUGCACACGGCCCUGAGGGAGACCCGGGAGGAGCUGGGCCUGGCUGUGCCCGAGGACCAUGUGUGGGGUGUCCUGCAGCCCGUCUAUGACCAGGCAAAGAACACCGUGGUGCCAGUGCUCGCUGGGGUGGGCCCGCUGGAUCCCCAGAGCCUCCAGCCCAACCCCGAGGAGGUGGAGGAAGUGUUUGCACUGCCCCUGGCCCACCUGCUGCAGGUGCAGAACCAAGGCUACACCCACUUCUGCAAGGGUGGCCACUUCCGCUACACAAUGCCUGUCUUCCUGCAUGGGCCACACCGCGUCUGGGGGCUCACCGCUAUCAUCACCGAGUUCACCCUGCAGGUCUUGGUACCUGGCGCCUACCAGCCCCGCCUGGAUCCCUGGGGUGUGGAGGUUCCAGGGCUGAAGACUGGUCCCUGGCAGCCCCUGCCCUCACCCUGCCAGGCCAGCGCCACCUCAGGACUGAAUAAAGAGCCUUUACCAACUCUUGGGCCACUGCCUCUUCUGCGCUAGGGCCCUGACCUCGAGCAGACGCCAUGGGACAGCCGGUCUCCUGGCUGGGGCACCCCUGUCCAAGCACUCUGUCACCCACAGCAGUGGGCACUUACCCUGCACCAGGUACUCGGCAUCAUUCCACCCUCACCUCAGCCCUAUGAGUGAGGCCAGCACUGUCCCUGGCUGGUGAGCUGGGCUCAGAGAGGACAGACAGCUUGACCAAGCUGGGAUUUGAACCGGGCCCUCUCUGACUAGACCCCAGACCCUUAGCCACUGUAGGUUCCUUCCUCCGUGCCUGGCUGACCACGUGCUGGGCCGCAGGAAUCUGGAGAGAAACCCUGCACGUGACUAAUGAGCACCCACCAGGCACCAGCUGCUGUGCUGGGGCCGCGUCUGCGGCCCAGCCAGAUGUUGUACUGGCCUCUGGGGGAGCAGGGGGGGUGGGGCUCAGACUAGGGGAGACCUUAGACCAGAUAAUCAUGUGGUUGCACAUUAAACAAUCACAUAUAAAUAAUAGUGGAAUUAUACAGGAUUCUGUGUAAGAGUUGCGGGGGGGCGGGGACAGUUGGACUUUGGCCUGUGGACUGGGCAGGUUUAGCCAGGAUAAGUGAUAGAAAGCUCCACCCACUAGCUGACGUUCCCACAAGGGGAAUGGUGAUUAUGAACUCCAGGGUUAAAGUGGCUUCAGGCACGGCUGCAUCCAGGGGUUCUCUCUCUGGCUGUGCUUUCCGCUGUGUUGGUCUCAUUCCCAGGAGCAGUCUCUACUCCAUAGAGAGAGACGAGGAGAGGGCAACAGCUCUAGGGGGGCACCAGUGUUCCAUCGCAGAAAAGAGAGUUGCUUGGCCAGUGCGACCCAGAAUUGCACGGCACUGGCCUGUGACCCAGCAGGCCUUCCCUGAGCCUGUCGCGUGUCCUGCUGGAUUUGGAAUUCAUUGAUUGGCAGGGUCUGGGGCACCACCCUGGGGAGGAGGAUGAACCCCCUAGGCUGGGAAUAGGGAAGGGCGUGGCCUCCAAAGGACCACUAACUGGGAAACAGGAAUGCUGAGCAGGUAAAAGCCAGCCAAGUUCCACUUCAGAGAGUGACCUUGAAACCAAAGGCAGGAGUGAGCCAGGUCAAAGGGCGGAGUAGGACAGCUAGGGCAGCAGCUGCACAUGCACAAAGUUUGGGGUGUUCACGGAAACCAUGAAGAGUAAUGUGGAGAUGAGGGGGUGCCUAAGGGUGUGCCUCAGUGAUGGGUUAGGCUUUUAUUCCAAGCUCACAAAAGGAGAGAGAGGCAUUGAUGUGAUUCCAUCCAUGUUUCAAAAAGCUUGGAGCUGCAAGGGGACCAGACUGCAGAUGCCCUCUUCCCCAAGUGCCCCCCUCCUUCCCGGGCACCUCUCCCAUUCCACAGGAACCCUCCAUCUCACCACCCCUUGCACCCCUCCAUACCUUCCAAAGUGCCCCCACACCCCGCCCCUUCCCACACACCUCCACAUGCUCCCUCCUCCUGCACCCCUUGCCUCUCACCUACCUCUUCAUCCCCACACCCCCCUCCCGUUGCCUCUCACACCCUGGGCAUCCGGCCUCCUCACCCUGGAGCAGGUCCCAUGAUGGUGGUAAAAAUAACUGAGGGCAUGUGAACAGGGGGAGGGGCUGACAAGGGCGGAGGGAGGCUGAUGCUAAGUAAGGGACCCCUGGAGUUGAGGGCAGGGAAGUGCCCUCUCCGGAGCCCUGGAGAUGGGCUCUGAGCUCCGCCCCCUCCUCCCUCGUGGGUACCAGGAGGCCCUGGGUCACACAGAUGAGUCACCCCCAUCAGGCAUACCCAGCGCCAGCAGCUAACAGAGCCAGGUGGCAGAGCUCUCAGAGAGGUCCCCGGCUGCCACCCAGGACCCUUCUCAGCACCCUCAGCGAUGCUUCUUCACCAUGUCUCGGCCCUGUGUGGCCCCCUCAUACCCCGUCCAAGGGGGCUUGUCUGAGUCCCCUCCCCUGGCCUGAGCCCCCAUGGCGGGCACGGCAGCAGCAGGCUGGCGGCGGCCACAGCGGGUGAGCAUGCAGGAGCACAUGGCCAUCGAUGUGAACCCGGGACCCAUCCAGCCCAUCCCCCUCAUUUCUGACUACUUCCCGCAUUUCUACCCCUUUGCUGAGCCUGCCCGGGGUGCCCCAGACCCACACCCUGCAGUGUCUCCCGCCAGCUCUGCACCCCAGCCGCAGCCAGACCCAGAGCCAGAGGGAGACUCAGACGACAGCGGUGAGUGGGGGCAGGGGAUGAGGACACCCUGGGCCCAGCCCAGCCAGGAUGGGGUCUCAGGCAUCCCGGGCAACUGACCUGUGAGGGGCAGGGCAGGAGGCAU